GGACUGGGGACACUGGGCUCUCGGUUGGCCACUGUGAGCGGGGAGUAGGAACCCGGCACAGCCCCGCUGCUGCACUUGCACUCCUAACGCCCUGGUGCUCCCGGGUCUGCUCCGCCAGCACUGCUGUCACCUUCAGGUUGCCUCGGAGCCUCAAAGGGGGGCGGUGUGAAGUCUCCUGGCUUCCCAGAACCUGGGUUCCAAGGGGGCACCGUUCGCUGCAGGAAUCUGGUACCCGCAGGAUCCCAUCUGUCAAUUCUGAAGCUUUUAUAGAAUGCUGUGAAAAUUUGCCAAAGUUUUCAGAAAAAGUUUUUCAAAAGUGAGAGGGUUGUGACUUCUUCCUAGGAACAGAGAUAUCUGCUGUUGCUUUCAAUGCCUAACGUUGCAGAAGCUGGAAGAUCCACUGAUUCUGGACAUGGUGAGCACAAAUCUGAGAACAAGUCCCCAGAAGAGGAUCUCCAAGGUGCUGUACAAUCUUUUUGCUCAAGUGCCUCAGGAGCAGUCGUGGGCCCCAGAGGAGAUGGUCAUUAUCCUUCAAGUUGUCCAGUGACUCAUACUAGGGAAAAAAUUUAUGCCAUAUGUUCAGAUUAUGCCUUCCUCAACCAGGCAACCUCAAUCUACAAAACUCCCAACCCAGCCCGCUCUUCUUGCCUCCCUGAUAAUACCUCGAUUUCUGCUGAAAAUAGUUCAAGAUACAUUGGUAUCCCAACUAGUACAUCAGAAAUAAUCUAUAAUGAAGAAAAUAGCUUGGAAAACUUAUCCACCAGCCUGGGCAAGCUACCUCUUGCAUGGGAAAUUGAUAAAUCUGAAUUUGAUGGGGUGACCACAAAUUUGAAACACAAAUCAGGCAAUACAAAGAAACAAAUUUCUAAGAAAAAAACUUCAGAUAAAAAAGGGCGGCAUCAGAGGGAGUGUCCCCAGCAUUCUCCUCUUGAAGAUGUUAAACAGCGAAAAGUGUUAGAUCUCAGACGAUGGUACUGCAUAAGCCGGCCACAAUACAAGACUUCAUGUGGUAUCUCCUCAUUAAUUUCUUGUUGGAAUUUCUUAUAUAGCACAAUGGGAGCUGGAAAUCUCCCACCUAUUACCCAAGAAGAUGCAUUACAUAUUUUGGGCUUCCAACCCCCAUUUGAAGAUAUUAGGUUUGGCCCUUUCACUGGAAAUACAACACUCAUGAGAUGGUUUAGACAAAUUAAUGACCACUUCCAUGUAAAAGGAUGUUCUUAUGUUCUAUAUAAGCCCCAUGGGAAGAAUAAAACAGCUGGAGAAACUGCUCCAGGGGCCUUGUCAAAGUUGACCCGAGGAUUGAAAGAUGAAUCACUGGCUUAUAUCUAUCAUUGCCAAAAUCAUUAUUUUUGUCCAAUUGGCUUUGAAGCAACCCCUGUUAAAGCUAGUAAGGCAUUCAGCAGGGGUCCUCUCUCACCACAGGAAGUGGAAUAUUGGAUUUUAAUUGGAGAGUCAAGUAGAAAACAUCCUGCCAUUCACUGUAAAAGAUGGGCAGAUAUUGUCACUGAUCUAAACACUCAAAAUCCAGAAUUCUUAGAUAUCCGACAUCUAGAGAGAGGGCUGCAGUUCCGGAAAACAAAGAAGGUUGGAGGAAAUUUGCAUUGCAUCAUAGCAUUCCAGAGACUCAGUUGGCAAAGAUUUGGCUUUUGGAGCUUUCCAUUUGGAACCAUUAGACAAGAAUCACAGCCUCCCACACAUGCCCAGGGAAUUGCCAAAUCUGAGAGUGAAGACAAUAUCUCCAAGAAGCAGCAUGGACGUCUAGGAAGGUCCUUUAGUGCUAGUUUCCACCAGGACUCAGCAUGGAAGAAGAUGUCUAGCAUCCAUGAGAGAAGGAACAGUGGCUACCACAGCUACAGUGAUUACAAUGGCAAUGACUGACCAUGCCAAGAACUGAACCACUGGUAUCACCCAUACAGCUGUUAUGUACAGGACUGCAUUAAGGCAGAAGCUGGUUUUAUUAAGUCUAUCAAUAGGAACAGAUCUUGUGGUACAAAGCAUAACCUGUAGUUCUCCAGUAAAUAAACUAACAUAGUGUUACAACAGGUGGCUUCAAAUAUAUAGGCAGAUAAACACAGAUUACUGCCCUUUUAAAGUUAAAAGUAGAUAAGCAAUCUGGACAAGGGGUUUCACAAAAACCAAUAAAAUCACAACUGCUUCAAAACAAAAAUAGAAAUGUAUUUAACAGCAUCAAAACUUGAACUACUAAAGCAUGAAGUCAUUUCUUGAAACUUGAUCCCUAGUCAUUUAUUACAGAUAUUUCUAAGACCAAUUUACAAGGCACUGUCUGCCCUUAAAAAAUGGGGGCUGUUAAGUUCUAGCUUUUGUUCAUGCUAAAGCUCAUUUAAAAUUAUCUUUCCAGUCUAAUUGUUCUUUCAAUGCUAGCAGUGUCCACCUCACCUCUUAGCUUUCCUGAAUAACUGUCUCAGGAUCCUCAACAAAGAAACAGAAAAAUACUCAAGAAACUGGCCUUUCUCCAGGUGCAGACAAUGUCAUACACAAGUUAUGUAUGACAUUGAUUCGAUACUCUUGAUCUGGCACAUGACUGUGAAAUAGUUACAAGAAGCAUAGGUCUUGAAUGAUGUCUUCAGGCCUAGAACAAACCUUGUUUUAGAGAUAUAGCAAAAGAGUACUUGGAAUCCAGAGUUUCUAUAUCCAUGUAAUAUGUGCAGUAAGAUCUGAUAUUUGGUCUCUUAAUGGAGUCAUGUGUUAACAACAGCACUGAAGACACACUGGCAAUGUCCAGCUCACUCUGAGAACAACACUCUGUAUUCUCAACUCUGAGCUGUCUCUUUUGUGAAACAUCCAAACAAUUCAUUUGAUUUUUUAGUGUGUUAAAUAUUUCAGAAGUGUGAAUUCAAUACCUGAGCUUCUCUUUAGCUGCUGUCAUUUUUCUUUUGCUGCCAAUGUAUGACUCACAGAUUUCUAAGAUCUUGUUUCUUCAUGUAAUAGGCUCAUUCCAGGACUCAAAUCAGUAACUUGGUGACUACAAGGUGCUGAGUAUGUUGGAACCAUAUUGCAAUACACCUCAAGGGGAGAUUUCAGAUUUUUAUUUUUCAAAAAAAUUCAUUUUUUUCUCUUGAAUUUUAUAUCCAUUUACCCACUCAUACAUGUCUAGCCUACAGAAAGGGAUAUAUAUUACAAAAUGGUCAUAUUUCUGAAGAGAUUAUUUAGCUUGAAAUGCAAAGGACUGAAAGAUUUGUAGGUUAUUGGUUUUGUUACUUCAUACUGGAACUUUUAAAAUGUUUUCAUCAAAUAAAGUUUUGUUUUCUACUUUUAA